AUGGAGGGUGAAGGUAUGGUAGCCGUAGUACGUGGUCUACGGGACGCGGGGCUCGCUGUGACGCUCAUGGACGCGGGGAGACAAUAUACAUUAGUACCAGAUAUGGGAUCUCAGCCUAAAGUGAACGCUUGUCAGACGACUGGGUCCCAGUGUUCAUGUGAAAUGAGCCGAGAAAAUGGUGUUCAAGUAACUGAUGGACGAUACGCGAGUCACGGGAAUUUCGAAGUUGGCGGUCUGGGUAGUGGGGAGAAUCAUUUACCGAGCAAGUGUAACGGAUUUAGAGGAGGAAUGUGUUGGGCAGAUCGAGGAGCCGUUUUCAGUCCUCGCCCGUCUGUACAAGACGAUCUAUUUGCUAACUCUCUUCGAAAGUAUCCAAGUCUACUACAAGAUAGAUCUUCAGAAAUGGUUGAGAGACUCAUUAAUUUCACUCAAACUAAAAACAGUUUAAAGAAUAGAAAUACGACGAGUCGACCAGUCGAGAUGGAAUCGGACGCUUCUAGCCAAACACUCGUCGGACGAAGCCAAAGAUAUGAAGAAGGAAGAAACUUUAGAAAUAAGAGGAAUGAAGAAUCUCCUACCAAAGAAAGAUCAAGAAAAGUUAUUGUUCAACAAGAGAGGCAAGAUAAUGUUGAACCUUGGAGGAAAUGUACAUUCAGUAAGACGAGUGACGUUAGAUACUUGAGGGAUGUGUCGAAGAAAAUGAGAGAAGGCAUUAGGAACUUGUCGAAUCAAAGUACCAAUACAGUGAAUAUGGAAAUACAAGCGGCCGUGCAGAUGGUGUCGCGAGAAGUAGUGACGGUAGCUGGAGACGCGCCGCCUCAGAGAACUGUCGCCGUACCACUAACGUCAAGUUCAUCGUUGGCUGCGCAGCAGUCCGGCUCACAGAACAUUGAGUUUAAUAAUAUAAGACAUAUCAGUGAAACCGCUCAAACAAGACUUGACCCUGUGGACAUAAAUGUUCAAACAGUUUCAAGUGCCGUUGAAAUAAGUCUUCCUAAGUUUAGACAUCGGAAACGAAGCAAAUCUCAGGAAGAAAUAAGAUUACAGGAAUUGAUGAAAGACGAGAUUCUAGACUUGAUGCUCCCUUUAUAUAACUGUGCUAAGACGAAGACUUCCCGUAAGUCUCAGAGACAAAAUAAACACGCUUUCAGUUUUAAAAUAAACGACGAUAACCCUUCACACUUUAAUACACGUCAAAGAACACUAGAAUGUGGCUUUUCGAAAGCAGAUAGUAAAAUAAUUAAAAGAUCUCUCGCAAAAAUCUUUCACGCUGAAGUGAAUCCAUAUAAAAAAAAGAAUGAAGACGCCUUAAUGAAACUGCUAGAGGAUUGGAUAAAUCUUAUUCCGCUUAAAAGUGCCAACGCUAUCAAUAUGAAGUACAACAAGGAAUAUUUGUUUUAUAAUCUCUUUGAAUAUUUAAAAUAUGCACUUUGUCAUUUGAGGGGUUCCGAAGAAAGAUUUAAAUUAAAAUCUGAAGUUAUGAAUAGACUCGAAACGAUUCCUCUCGAUUUUAAAGGAAAUAGACGGGUUUUUGAAAAUAGGUUGGCAGAGAUUUUAGUAAAUAAAAUGAACAGAAUAAGAAAUAAACAAAAUAAUAAAGUUUUAGUAAAUGUUGAGAGUGCUGAAGAUUUAAAAAGUGUCAAGUCUGCUUUAAAAAGACCCGACUCCCCAUCUAAGCGUGAACUCAAGUGUUUUGUUUUGAAUAAGUUGACAACAUUUCUCAGUAGAUGGGAAUUUAAAUUAAAUCAAAGAGAAAUAAAAGAAAUCGAGGAUGAAUUGAUGGAACUAUUAUUGGUUUCUAAAGACUUGAUAAAUUGCUCCAAAGAUAAACAUGUUAAAAUGAAUAUCACAGAACUUCUAAUGGAUUACGGAGUCUCGGAAGACCGAGCCACUAUAUUUUCUAAUAGUUUGUUGAGGAACUUUAAAAAUAUUUAUAUAGAUAGAAUAGGACCGGAAAAAAUACGUUCCGAGACGUUCAUCGUACUAUCAAAUACAAAAAAUGUAACAACGAAUGGCAACAAGUUUAGAAUUCAAAGGAAUAAUGAGGAUAAUGUUGGGGCCAAUAUAGAGAGCUACACUAACGAGCUGUGUCAUCAGAUAGACGAGUGGCUUACAAGCUUACCGAUAUCACUUCCACAAGAUAAGGCGUUUCGGCAAGUUGUUAUAAACGAUCUAGCAGGUGAUAUAGUGGACAGGUUGAGAUACAUCGACCUCAACCCAGGGUCGAGAACUUCUGAUGAAGCAGAACUGGAGCAUUUGAAAUAUCAGAUAUUUAAAUGGAUAAAUAAACUCGUAGCAGAAGAUAAUUUGGAAAUUACAAAACAUGCGCCCGACCUAAUGCGACGUAUCAAAGACAUACCAGUUCCGAUACUCUCGAGAAUGUAUGAUUUGAAUUCAACGAAAGUGAGCAAUAAAAAAAAUGCUGAUAUAAAUAAUAACAGAGCGACAUCAUCAAAACAAUUCUCCAAUAUGCCUCAAGAUCAAAUUCUGUUCAAUGUUACUCAAGAGAGAGUCAUGAAUCCAAGUUCAGCCAAUAACGAAAGUAGACAUUCAAAUCCAGAUACGACAAAUCCUUAUGAGAAAUCAAUACAAGAACUGGAAAAAGAAUAUGAACAAUAUGUAAAAGAUUGGGUUAAAUUAAUACCGAUAGAAACAAAAACACCAGAAGAAGAAGCUAUAGCAGAAAAAGCUAGACUUGGCAUCCAUAAUGGCUUGUGGAAAGUUGUUUCCAAAUUAAAUUGCGAUCCAGCGACCUACUACAACCGUUUCUUUUACCAAGAUCUUUUGGAUGAAGGAAUAGAAGAUUUAUUAGAUUGUUUACCGCAAAUUCCUGAACUUUUACAAAAAAAACAUAUUCUUAAAGCGAGAUUUAUAGCGAAAACGACAGACAUCAACGAUAGGAUAGAAGCAAACGAAGAAGCUUCUUAUAAAUAUAACUUGAUAAAAAAUAUCUUUAAUAACUUGAGACAACAAGGACUGACGAAUUUAAAAGGAGACGAUCCGUUAAAAAUACAUCAGGAUAUGCAAGUGAAGAAACUUGUCGAAGAAUUUCUUUUAUGCACGAAUUAUGAAAACGAGGAUAAAGUGCAGGCGCAAAUAUACAAGAAGAAAUUGUUAAAACAUAUAGAUAACUUUAUCGAGGAUCUAAAAAAACACCACCCGCAACAGUUGAAAGACGUUGACCUCUCUUCUUAUAAAACAGAUAUAAUUAAUAUGUUACUUAAAGUACGAGUACCUUGUGAGCAAAUUAUAAAACAGGAAGCGGACAGUAUUCUACUGGACCUCGAAAUUGAACAAUGGUAUAACGAUUUACCCGUCGUACCGUGUGAAGACUUUAAAGAACAGUGCCACAGAAGCAAACAACGUGAGCUAUUGGCAAAUAAAGUGAAAGAGUUUGAAAAACAUAAUAGUCAAAUGACAGAACAUGAUUUACGUAUCGAAGUGUCGAAGUUCUUGGAAAAUACACCUUUGAAAGAAGGAGAACAAUUAGACAUUGCUUUUAUAACAGAACAGUUUGUUAACAGAAUGAGAAACAGGCCGAGACAGCACCUGCCUACAAAUAGACUAGAACAUGGAACUAUACCUAAUUAUGAAGAUUUUAGUAAAGAAAUAUCAUUUUGCUCCAGUUUCAUCAAGCCAGUUAUAACUCAGGAGCCACAAGAUAAUAUGAACAAAUCAAAUCAAUGCACAAAUACAUGCAGCGGACAAGCGGCCAACGCUUCAUUAAACUUCUCCCACGCUAAUGUAUCAUCUAGACUACAGACGAAUAAGUCUCGCGUCGUAAUACAAGAACCGCCGGCUUACAGAACGUUCAAUGAAGGCCGACCACUCAGCUCCUCGUUUUAUCCAAACGAAAAUAGUCCACAGUGGUUAUCGUUAGAGGAAAGUCGACCUAAUAUACAAAACAUACAAAACCCACAAUACAUACAUGAUGGAAAUAUGAUGACCAUUCCGCCUUGCUGUAUCCCUGAACAAGUUAGACCGCAAGUGAAUUUCAAAACGGCUUCAGAUAAUGAUCAAAUGUUUAAUAAAGAACAACUGUAUCCACUCAACAAUGAAAACAGAUAUUCUGAAAGAACUAAAUCAUCUAAAGGUAUCCUAGGUACCAGCCAGAUCGCGGGCCCGAGUGGCUACAGUGGAAAGACAUCGCAGAAUGUGAAUAAUAUUAUGAAGCCUAAUACGUGGGAUGGAAACUCUCAGCUUGUUCGAAGAUCGGACGCGUCAAAGACUCAAAUACAUACUGAACAAGCGCCUCAAUUAGACGAAUGUUCUAUAUCGUGUCAAACUUUUGGGAAUAAUAAGUCUGGAUUACAAAUAGGUGGAAAUAAAUCGCAUGUAGCCACUAAUACUUCGGAACGUAAUAAGUGUUGCGACCCAUCCCUGUAUACAUACAAACCUCAAGGAGUUCCCAUCCCUGACUUAUCAAAUAACAGGAGAGUGAGCCAGCUCGUACAGGGUAGAGAUGACGAUGAUGAAAUUCCAUGUCGUUGUAUCGAAAGAUUAUGGAAAAGACCCAAGCGCUACCCAUGCGAAGCUUUAGACAACUUCCCGCCCUGCCUCUCCUUAAUGUUUCCAUACCCAUAUUUCUUUUAA